AUGUCGGAGUUUGACGAAUUUGAAAGACAGCUCUCCGAAAACAAACAAGAAGCCACCAAGCUUUUAAACGCUGAACGAGACAAAGAAAACAGGCACCACAGGCGUUCUGCCUCCCGUAGCCGCAGCAGAGACAGAAAACGGAGAAGCAGAGACCGGGAGAGACGCAGUCGGGAUCGCCGUGGAGACAGCAAAGAGCGCAGGCACAGACGCAGCUCACCAACCAGCUUUCCUCAGGACAAUGCUGGAAGUCGCUCCCCUCAUCGUGAGAAGAAAAAGAAGAUCAAGAAGUAUUGGGAUGUUCCACCCCCUGGUUUUGAACACAUUACACCCAUGCAGUACAAAGCCAUGCAGGCUGCGGGUCAGAUUCCUGCCACAGCACUCUUACCGACCAUGACUCCAGACGGACUGACUGUGGCUCCCACCCCUGUGCCUGUUGUUGGCAGCCAGAUGACAAGACAGGCUCGCCGUCUUUAUGUGGGCAACAUCCCCUUUGGCAUUACAGAGGAGUCUAUGAUGGAUUUCUUCAAUGCCCAAAUGCGAUUAGGUGGUCUCACACAGGCUCCUGGAAACCCAGUCCUGGCUGUACAAAUCAACCAAGACAAGAACUUUGCCUUUCUUGAGUUCCGUUCAGUGGAUGAAACGACACAGGCCAUGGCGUUUGAUGGCAUCAUCUUUCAAGGUCAGAGUCUGAAGAUUCGGCGUCCUCAUGACUACCAGCCGCUGCCUGGCGUCAGUGAAAACCCCAGUGUUUAUGUACCAGGUGUUGUUUCAACAGUGGUUCCGGACUCGGCCCACAAGCUCUUCAUUGGUGGUUUGCCCAAUUAUCUGAAUGAUGACCAGGUGAAGGAGUUAUUGACUUCAUUUGGCCCACUAAAGGCCUUCAAUCUUGUGAAGGACAGUGCCACUGGCCUUUCCAAGGGAUAUGCAUUUUGUGAAUAUGUCGACGUCAACCUUAAUGAUCAGGCAAUAGCUGGGCUCAAUGGAAUGCAGCUCGGAGACAAGAAGCUCUUGGUGCAAAGAGCUAGUGUGGGCUCCAAGAAUGCCAGUUUGACCACCAUAAAUCAGACCCCAGUGACACUGCAGGUGCCGGGUCUGAACAGCUCGGUGACAUCGAUGGGCGGCCUGCCCACAGAGGUGCUCUGUCUGAUGAACAUGGUGGCCCCAGAAGAGUUGAUCGAUGAUGAGGAGUACGAGGAGAUUGUGGAGGAUGUCAGGGAAGAGUGUGGCAAGUAUGGCCAAGUCAAGAGCAUUGAGAUCCCUCGACCUGUGGAUGGUCUGGACAUACCAGGCACCGGCAAGAUCUUUGUGGAGUUCACCUCAGUUUUUGACUCCCAGAAAGCCAUGCAGGGAUUGACGGGGAGGAAGUUUGCCAACAGGGUGGUGGUGACCAAAUACUGCGACCCAGACGCAUAUCACCGCAGAGAUUUCUGUGUCGUGGAUCAGAGGCUGGCGUCUUUACGGAUCUGCAGGAAGAUCGGAGCUUUUACAUGCCUUGAGUCCCCACGGCUGAUUCUGCAGUACACUCAGCCGUUCACGCCCCCUGGUGAACUACAGCAAAUCAGACAUCUGGACAGGAAACAGACGCUGGCUCUGCUCCCAAACCCAAUUUAG